UUCUGUUGUAUCUGAGCUUUCUUUAAAGCUCGAGUCAUGUGACUUCAUUUUUUUUCAUUCAUUGCCAUUGAAUUGUCAGGAAUUUUGUGACCGUUCAUUCUCAAUAUCCUGACAAGUUUGUGAUUUUUUCAUUGAGAUAGUGUUUAUUGAUUAUUUAGUGACAUAUUCUGUUAAUUUAUACCGUUAUUUCUGAAGUUACUCCGAAAUGGCAACCAAAAUCAGUGGUUCAAAUGGAAAUGCCAACAAGAGAGCGAGAUCUGCACGCACAUUUACAGAAAUCGCUAAAGACUACAUUGGCUUGGACGGGGAGGAAGCAUUUUGCAAAAUCGAUCCGACUAGCGAAUGCAAACUUCGUCAACCAAAGCUGGAUGUUGGCAAUUUCAUCCGCCAUUUCCGAUCGCAACACCCGGAAUUAUCUACCGAAUACGGCUUGCUGAAGGAGUUCGAUUCGUCUGCGAAGAAAGCUCGACUUAUCCCCAAGCGUCUGGUUCCAGUUGAUCAUCAACUAUUAGUUGAGUAUGUGAUCAAAAUGAUCGCUAACCGGAAUCUUCCCAUUUCGUUCGUCGAUUGGGAUGAAACAAAACUACUUCUGGAUCGAUUGUCCGAGGCUGUUGGACCAGGAAUUUCAUUCAAUGGGAAGAUAGCUAAGAAUCAUCUGCAAGCAGCUGCGGGAAAAGUGAAAAGUGCGAUAGCUGACGAGAUGAAAAAUAAGCUUAUCUCGAUUAAGCUCGACUCCGCAAGUCGCCAUAACCGCCACGUAUUGUGCAUAAAUGCUCAAUAUUGCAUACGCGACGAGAUUGUCAUUCGGACGUUGGGUAUACUUGAAAUCAAAGAGAGUCAGACUGCCAACUUACUGAAACAAAAAAUAAUGAAUACGUUGACAAGCUACGGAAUGACCCUCGACCAAGUAUUUUCAAUGGUAGUAGAUAACGGUGCUAAUAUGUUGGCAGCCGUCAGAAAACUGAAGGAGGAAUUGGUCAUGUUGUCUUUGCGAGAAGAUGAUGAUAGCGAAAAAAAUUUCGAGUCAAACGACACACUUACGGCCAGCCUCUAG